UGUCUUCCGCCCCACCCCACCUCCAAAUCCCUUCCGCUGGCAGGCUGUGUCACUUUUGUAGUUCCCAAAGGUUGAGGUGUCAGCGUUGUAGUACAAUCUGUCACUGCCGCGGUGCCGUAUUGCGUGUCUCCCCCUGCUCCCUGCGUUGGUCCGCCUCUAGAGCAGCGAGCACCAGGGCGUAGCAGCACGCCGCCCGGGGACUGUUUCAACUUGCACCCGGCCGACAAGCUCCGAGUUCGCUAACAAGCCGAACAAGUUGACAGCGGCGUCGGCGAGCUUCCUUCCAGUUAGCCAGCUAGCUUCGCGUAGGAGGGGGCACCGAGAAACCAACAAGUAGCACUCCGGACAAAAGUGAAAAACAAUGCAGAGCACCAGCAUGCCACUUCAGUCCAGAAAGAGGAAACGAGAUGUCUCCAACGCGGACAACGAGGUGGGAGAAAGGAUUGGGAAAAUUCCCAGGUGCACUGUGGGGUUGAAGCACCCUGCGCCUUUCGCUGAAGAGCUGGUGCCAGCUAAUGCGCAACCCUACGAGAGGGUCACCAUGGAGGAGGCCAAACGGGGAACACGGCUGGAAAGGCCAGUGCGGGUGUAUGCUGAUGGAAUCUUUGACGUUUUCCACUCAGGACAUGCAAGGGCUCUUAUGCAGGCCAAAGGCCUCUUCCCAAAUACACACCUCAUAGUCGGAGUGUGCAGUGAUGACCUGACGCACAAGUUCAAGGGCUUCACGGUCAUGAAUGAAGACGAACGGUACGACGCCGUCCGACAUUGUCGCUAUGUGGACGAAGUGGUGCGGAACGCUCCUUGGACGUUAACGCCAGAGUUCCUUACCAAGCACCGCAUUGACUUUGUGGCCCAUGAUGACAUCCCAUACUCCUCGGCAGGCAGUGACGACAUAUAUAAGCACAUUAAGGAAGCAGGAAUGUUUGCUCCCACCCAGCGAACGGAAGGCAUCUCCACCUCCGACAUUAUCACGCGCAUCGUCCGGGACUACGACUUGUACGUCAGGCGCAACUUACAGAGGGGCUACACGGCCAAGGAGCUCAACGUCAGCUUCAUCAACGAAAAGAAGUAUCACCUGCAGGAGCGUGUGGACAAGGUUAAGAGGAAGGUACGAGACGUGGAGGAGAAGAGCAAAGAAUUUGUCUUAAAGGUGGAGGAGAAAAGCAUUGACCUCAUCCAGAAGUGGGAGGAGAAGUCCCGGGAGUUCAUCGGCAACUUCUUGCAGAUGUUUGGGCCCGAGGGAGCUCUGAAGCACAUGCUGAAGGAGGGCAAAGGUCGCAUGCUACAGGCCAUCAGCCCCCGCCAGAGCCCCAGCAGCAGCCCGGCCCGCGAGGAGCGCUCGCCCUCUCCCACCUUCCGCCUGCCCUUCUUCAACAAGAGCUCCCCGCCCCCUUCGCCGUCCCCCCACCACAGCGGCGCACGAGGGGGCGGGUACCUCGUCAGCGAGGACGACAGCGACGAUGACGAAGACGACGACAAUUAGAGUGGCCGUUUUUAUUUUGUCCUCUUCCCACACCUCAAAUUUGAUCAGCAGGUACUGCUGUUGGAAUUCUAGCACUUGUCACGUGUUUAUAGUCUUUAUUUUUGUCCACCGAUUCGUCACGUUCUUAAUAAGCUGAGUGGGGUUGCGAAAGGGGUGGAUCAUUUCCGGUCAAUUUCCAGGGGAAAUUUGGAAAUACUCGACGUAGAACCGGGAACUUCCCAUGGGAAUUAACUAAGAAUUGAUGGUAAUUUCAUGCAAAUGUGUCAUAUUCAAGUGUCGCUGUAUUAACAGAAACGAGGGGAAGGAUGAGUUGGGGGGAGUUAAGAAGAGGAAUUUAGAAUUCAAGCGUAUUAAAUAUAUAUUGUUUUUCGCAGACAUCCAUGUGAAUGAAGUAGCUCUACUCUUCCACUUUUGAGGCCUUACUUAACUUGCACCAUUUUGUCCGAGUGGCGGGAUAUCUGGCACGAGAACCUCGGAUUUCAAUACAUAGAUUUAAAUUCCCUUAUAUGUAAACCAAUGUUUUUAACUCAUUAUUUAUUCCCAUUAAUUCCCUUGGAAAAUGUCCAUGAUUUUUAUGAAGAAGAAAAGAUACUAUGCUGUAUCAACUUCAAAAAUAGGCAAAUACAAAUUAACUUUACCACUAACGACAAGUGUUUGUGAUUUUUUUUUUAAGACACUGAUAAUAGUGUAAUGUACAUAUAACACACGUGAGCUGAAUGGCAGUUAGGGUUUACAUUUGUUUUAUUUUUUAAUUUUCUUUAGCUAAAAUGGUCAUCACGAAUGCUAACCAUUUAGCAUUUUUCCGUCUCAAAUUGUGUACACAAAAUUUCUACUUUACAUUCACCACCAGAAAUAAGUACGUGCUACAUUAACAGAAGUAACAUUAAAAACUGCAUUUGUCAGAGUACUUUAAACGUACUGUACUUUUUACUUUUAGAGUAUGUGAAUGAGCAAUACUUUUACUCCGUUACAAUGAUCGUUCUGCCAUUCCGUACAUUUUAUUUAUCCAUUGUUGCGUGUGCGCUUUUAUUGUUAUACUCCAUCUUUGGCUUCCACAUCGGCGCCUCUUGCGUCAAUCUAACUUUUUUCAUUCAUUUAUUUGGUCAUUAAUCAAUUGGACAAUCGAUUCUUGAAAGAUUUGAAAAUGACAGCCCACAUUUUGCAACCCUACUCAUAAUGUAGCACUCAUUUUUAGGAUUGUUUUUUUUUUUUUUUUUUUUUUUUUCAGUCCGCAGUGGCACAGUCCUGAUUUUAAUUGUCAGUGCAGUUUUACAACUGCUUUUUGUUCUCGAGCUAAAUCUCUGGAAACAAAGCUUUGGCAUAUUUGGGGAAAACCUCAUGCUUCCAGUCAGGCAAAACUAGACAUCUGCGUGUUAUACUACUAGUACACUAGUGAGUAUGGCAAAGUGGUUCUACUAGUGUGGACGAGGCGUACUGAUACGUGAACCUUAAAAUGGAUAUCAAAUAUCAAACUAAUUCCCGCUUGUUUAAAAAAAAAUUAUCUCAUGUAAAGAAUUUUAUUUCGCAUCAAGAUUGUUUCAGCGACUUUAAAUAUUUGAGCGUGUCCUGUCUUGUGUAAUAAAACUGUUUUCAUGGGCCUGCGGAGAGGGAAGAACUCCAGUCUACACUCACUGGUCAUAAUUUUCGGUGCACCUGCUAAUCUGCUGUGAUCCAACAUGAGAGCUCCACCAAAAACUGACAUUAGUAAUCAGCCUCAUUCAAGUGUCUGAUCUGUUCAUCAAAGCAAUGAUCUCAAUUGUAAUAACUACAGAUCCCCAUUUGCUAUUGGAAUAAUCAUUUGGCUAAUGUGGAAUUUUCUUUGGAUGGAAAGUGUUCCAUUAUCUCAGUGUGGUGACUAAUGUCAACAGCGCCAGUAGCCAAUUGUGUAUCUGCCACCACUACAGUACUCGUGCUUUUUUUUUUAAAAGUGUAUUUUAAUUUUCAUGUUAUACUGUUUGGGGGUCUUUGGGGCCCCUACUCGUAAGAGUUGAAUGUUGGGGUAAAAGUAUUAAAUGUGUCAGACAAUGUGUGAUGAUGUGCCUAAUCAUUUGCUCUAAAAAUGAGAUGAAAUC